GCGAGCGUGCUGCCAAUGUGUCCGACAGCGUUACAGCUCUGUACAGUGUUAAUAAAACAAUGUUGUCGUUUGAAGACCUUAUGACAAGGCUGCAAGACUGUGUGAUCGCCCAGGAUCAAGCCCCUGAAAAUGUUAGCCAAACACUCGGGCUCUUUAUUGACAAAUUGUCUGAAUCCUCCAGGAGUAGUGUGAAAAGAUGUAAGGAGCGCUGUUUAGAGGAGGCUGUCCAGCUGCUGAGACAAAUUCCACAGGCACAGCUUCAUGUUUUAGAGGAGAGCCACCUCCUGCUUCUUGUCAGACUCCUCAUCUCCAUGCAGCUGCAGAUGGUCAACAUCUCCACAGCCUGUCGUAAAGUGGACCAGAUGUUGCAACAUUUGGCAAAGGUGGACCACCCAAUGGUUUUCAGAGAAAUCCACCACUGUUUGCACUCCAUCGUCCAGACUGACCAGAUAUUGUCUUUUGAGGAUCAGCAGAGAGCCUGCAUGUUCCUGGAAGACAGCGCUGUCGGUCGUGAAGUGUGGCGAGAGUCAUACCUUUCCUUGCUGAUUAAAUUGUCUGAGUUUUUCCCUGUUGCAUUGCAACAAGAAUCAUUGAGAGAUGGACCGCUUUGUUACAUUGCUGUCAAGGUGUGUUUGCAAAUAUUUCAGCUGUUGUCCAAUGAAGUGGCUCCUCUAGUGUGGGACAAGGAGCAUGGGGGACCACCAGUGCAGACGAUCCUGCAGGCUCUAAUGAACAUAAUACUUGGACAGAGCUGCAACAGGGACACUCGUCUUUUGGCAGGCACUGCUGUGGCCAUGCUGAUCAACACAGCACAAGAGAGCACAGCUGGAGAAGCUGCUGCCUGGAGUCUGUUACAGGUCUCUCACCUAGAGCCCUGGCUGCUGACUAUUGGUGCUCUCCAGGUACAGUGCAACCCCACUGGGAAGGACGGCGUGGAUAGGCUGGCUGUGAGCAGGGGCCUCCUGACCUGCUGUCGACCUCACAUCUUGCUCAGUUCACACGUGGAUGCCAAAGAAACGUGUUUACUGCUGAACGGUUUGUUUCCUCUGGUCUCCACUUUGUGUGAGGAGAAGCUGGGUUGUCACUACUUUGCCUUCGAAGUAUUAACACUGUGGCUGAAGAAAGUUAAAGAGUGUCUGGCUGAUAUGUGGAAGAAGACGGGCGCUCGCCUUCUGCCUGACAACAGCAGCCUGCAGCAAGAGCUCAUUCACAUUAUCUGGACCAAUGCAGAAAGCCCAGUGGAAGGUGUGUCGGACUUUGUGCGCAGUGCCUUUUGUCUGCUGCUGGACAUCUAUGAGAUGGACUGUGAGCAGUUCGGUGACACAGAGAAGACUCUUUAUUUUACUCUACUUCAGCGAAUAAUCAAACUACCAUGGGAAGCCAAAGGCAAAUAUCAUCGCCUUUGUGCCCUACUGCCGUAUCUGGGUUCUGACAUGGUGCUGGAUCAUUAUGCUGAAAUACCCAAUCAUCUCCUGAAAUGUUUGUCGACUAAUCACCUGACGCCAUGUGGAUCGGAGCUUUACAGGUGCCUGAUCCAGCAGCAGAGACGAGAGCUGUGUGAUGGCUCACAAAACUCUGCUUCACGCACUGAGCUGGAGCUAGCCAAUCAGUGGGCGAGGCGUUGGCGGCCCGUGCUUCAUGAGGCACUGACGUCUGAUGCAACUCUUCUACAGAACAACAGCUCAAUACACUUAUUACCCUGCACCUUUCAAGUCUUCCCCUCCGCUGUGGAUCCUCUCCUGGCCUCCCUGGACCCAGUCCGCCCUGGCCACCUCCACGCUUGGGCCUGCAUCAUGAGCUCCUAUCGAGCCGUGACUGGAGGCUCUCCCUGGGCUCUGCAGGGGAGCUUAACCCUUGAAACCCUCCAGCUAGCUCUGGGAUCAGCAAAUGACAAAGUCCGUCUCGCUGCUCUCAACCUCCUCUGCUGCAGCCCAAAGACCAAAGACACUCCAACCGCAGAGGAGAUGUCAAUAAUGAGGACGUUUAUUCCUCAGAACCUAAACUGCGAGUCCUCGCCUUUUCGACAACAUUUUCAGGCCAGUGUGAAGAGAUUUCUGGUUCGGAUCAGAGACAGCUGCUUGGCACAUAUCAGAGGACAGAAGGGCAAAAAGAAAGGAGAUGCCACCCAUUCAGAGAGGGCACGGGAUAUGCUGGAUCAGGGAAUAGGGUUUGUUGAAUGGUUGGGUCAACUUCCAUACAGCUAUCUGGCACCAGGACACAGUUAUCAGAGGAAGAAGACAGCGUUGCUGUUGCUGUCUGCAGUGCUGGAGACCUGCACGGACACCUGGAGCCCAGACAAAAAGAAGGGGCAACCUCCAGCAAACAUGGGGUGUCUUACUAACUGUGCCAGACAAAGAGGACAGUGGGAUUUCAUCUGCAGGACAAAACAGCUGGUCCUUAUCAGCUGUUUAGAAGAUUCUACAAAUGAGAUCCGGGAGCUCUCAGCUGGGUUACUGUUGAGAUUUUCCCCACCCAGAUUUCCUGAUGAUAUCGCUGCAGUGCUGCUCGCGCGAACCAAACAGCUUCUGUGCAGCCCUCGGGUGCAGGAGGCUCAGAUGGGAGCACUUAUGACGAAUGUCCUCCUUCAUAAAUCACAAGACCAGCCUGAGGACUGCAGGCUGAGCACUAACAUUACUGUCAGCAGUGGAAGUAACCAAAAGGGCUCUUGUAUGGUCAGAUUCCUGGUGAAGGAGCUGGAGGAGCACUACCUGACAGCCAAGGCUGACAUGAUGCUUGCUGCCAGAACCAAGCCUAUACACAGUGUUUUAAGUGCACUUCAGAGGUGUUUGCUUGAGGCACCCAGCGGUGUCUGUGACAUACUUGAUCACAGUCUGACCACUGAGGUGCUGGGCUUGCUGGAGAAAAUCUCUCUGCUGCUGUUGGGUGUUCUGUAUGGCGACCAGGAUGCUUGUGCCACUGAAAAGGAUGCCCCCCCUUCUUUUUGUGAUAUGGGAAAUGCCAUCAGCUCUCUAAUAGCCCAAGCGUCUGGAGGAAGCCAAGGGGAUGGAGAGGAGUGUGUCCUGCUGUCUGAAGAGCACAGCCUCGUUCUUACCUGCUGCUGGGUCUCCCUUAAGGAAAUAGGAAUCUUUUUAGGUUCUUUGGUGGAGAGAAUUCUCACAGAAUCCAAACCCAGCAAGUGCCUUCUAACAAAAGAGGAUCUAAUGAAAGCAUCAAAAGUAUUCAAAAGUAUUCUCCUCAAAUGCCGUCACUGGGGGGCAGUAGAGGGAUGCUGUAUCGGCUUUACCAAGUUCUGUGCCUCUCUAUUAAGCAGCAAUGAUCCAGAUCUCAAGGAUAUCCCAGCCCAAAUGCUGAAACAAGGAUUGCAGGUUGUGCAGUCCCCUCGUUCCACAUCAGUGACCCGGCGGGCUGCGGGGUUGCCUAUGCUCAUCCUAUGUGUUGUGUCAGCAGGGGAAGCCAGCAAAGCAAAACAACUGUUAGCCCACAGUAUGCAAACCUUACUGGAGACAGCCAAAACCCCUCUACCUGAGAACUGGGACCAAACACUGGACCUGCCACAGGUGUGUGCGGUUCACACUCUGCAGGCCCUGGUGCGUGGCUCAGGUCUGGGAGUAGCUGUCCUUCAGUUUGCUCCUGCUGUUGCCAUCUUGUCACUCACUCUGCUCAGUUCUCCCUGCUGGGUCAUGAGGAAUGCUGCCCUGCAACUUUACAGUUCUCUGUGCUCGCGAAUGCUCGGCCAGCGGCCCAGCAGUGAAGAGGCUGGCCCCACCCAGCAUGGCAUGUCCCCCCUUGCCUUCUUCUUCCACUACUCUGCACUCCAGCCCUUCCUUCUGGGCGAGCUGAAAGGGGCAGCGCAAGACCUCCAGGGUCCACCUAAUGAGGCCAAGCUGCACCUCCAACCCUCGCUCUACCCUGUCCUCACUCUGUUAGCCCAACUCCAGCCUGGUGUCCAAGACUCAACAGAAGCUUUGUCAGACUUCCUGCCUCCUUUACUCCAGCUGUCUGCCAGUCCCAUUUACAGUGUGAGAGUGAUGGCCUCCAAGGCUUUGGUUGCCCUGACUCCCCCUUCAGAGUACAUGAACAUCCUCAUCAAACUGGCGGCUCAACUGCCCAGUCCAGAGGAGCGCUGCUGUCACAACCGGCUCCACGGACAGCUGCUGCAAAUCAAAGCUAUUCUAGAGAAAGCACUCAGCACAGACAGUGCCCGUUCAGCUGACCUGUGCAAGGUGGUGAGCAGGGUGGAUGCCUCGCUGUGGCUGGUGACUGAAACCCAACGCUGCCCCCUAGUGAGAGCAGCCUAUAUCGCAGUGGCCGACUCACUAAGAAGAUUCUGCUGCGAGACCUACCUGUCAAAGCUCCGGAACACACUCAUACAUGACCUCCAAACACCUCAACGGGAGCUUCAGGUGUGUGACACACAUGCAGCAAAGGUCCUUGGCCCGGAAUCAAACCGGGGACAUUGCAUUUACAUGGUUGGGUUGUCUUCCUUCCAUCAGCAAGCCAUCCACUUUCUAUGUGCAGAUCUUAAGUGGGCAUGUCAAAUCUGGUACAACUUCUCUGCAGUGAGCCCUGAUCUGAGGCUCUCAUUGGUUACGUGGGUGGUGGAUGGGCGGGGUUUGCAACAGACCAGUUUGAAAGAUGUGAUCCAAAGGGUGUUGCAGUCAAACCUGAGGGAGGCAUUGUUGAGCCAAAGUGUGGAGUACCGCAGGACCUACCUUGCAGCCCUUGUAGCAGUGAUGGCCGGAGGUGAUUCUACUUUACUCCCACAUCUUGCUCAGUCAGCCCCACUGGAGGAGCCAAUUCUGCCUGAGUGUCUGGACUUGUUUCUUGGGGACCUGGAGGACCGGCGAGGCGGGCCCGAGUUUCUGUCCCAAGCUCUUUAUGCUGCUAGUCUGCUGCUUUCUCAGUGCUCAGACUCCAGUUCAAAGAUAUCCGUCUUCCAGCGCUGGUGUAACGUCUUGGAGUGCCAGCGGUCCCCAGAUGCCCCAGAAUUACUCAGGAUGGCGUGUGCCGAAGCUCUGUGUGUGGCUGGAGUUCCACUAAUGAGCCUGACAGAGCACAGCACUCUGCCUGCCAUCAAGAUCAGGUUGAUCAACACGGGUCUGUACUUGCUGCAGGACCAAAGCCAGCAGGUGAGGACAAAAGCGGCCUGUUUUACCUCCAUGUUGCACCAUGCGAGAAGAGGAGAAAGCCAGAGGAGCGUCUACCUUAUGCAGGUCAACCAGGCUCUGCCGCGCCUCCUUGACCUGAUGGUGGAUGAAUGCUGGGAUACUCCAGGCACAUUGGAGGUGUUGCUGUGUAACCUGCCUCAGUCUGACCUCAGAUCUGUGCUGAGAGAGGCCUCAGAGACUGGGUGUUCCAGUCUGUAUGAGCAGGAUGAGGCCAAUGUGUUUGCGGAGCCCUCUGUGAUGUCUGCACAUGUGUUGCCUUACUUGCUGCAGAUGGCUGAAAAAUACUCUGAAUCCUCUGCUUUGGCACAGAGCCUGACUGCAUGGGCAGAGGAGAGUGCUGCACAGGUGCUGGACAGCCUCGCAUUCUGCAAAGAGCUGCAGCCAGAUGAGACAUUGACCCCGGCCUGGCUUGCUCUCCUCAUGGACCCCCUUCUCCACAGCACUCUGUGCGGCCUGUUCACCAGGGCUGCCUUUCUCCUCCGGCUGUUGAAAACAUGUGAUAAUGUACAGCACCUUUGUGAUCCUUCAUCCCUGCACAUGUGUUUACAGGAAGUUUGUAGUCUUCUCAGCCAGAACGGUGUCCACUUUCCCUCUGCUGUGACAGCUGCCGUGGCUGGAGAGCUGCCACUAUGACGGAACGGAGGGCCUUUUUCUGUACACUCAAUGAGCAAAGCCUUUUGGCCGAUGAAGCCCGGGAUGAAAUUACCUGUGGAUAUUUCAGGAAUGCUUAUGCCAUCUAAAUGUGCAGCCUUAGUCUUUAGGGAGUGUUGCAACUGCUGAAGCUGCAGUACACCAGCACUUGGCAGACUAGGUUAUGUAAGAGUUCAGUGACUUCAGUCAGUUGUAUCCAUCAUCAUAUUACCUAUUCAGAAUAGAGACCCAUUGGGUAUUAGGUGCCAUGUGCACAUGAGGAGAGCAGUGUAGUAAAACAGUUAUCCCUCAGAAGCUCCAGUGGCCAGUUUUUGCUGCAGUGUUUUUCUAAAUAAGAGUUUAUAAAGUUAUAUUUUCAGAAACUUUUAAUUACAGGAAUAAAGCUUUUUUUAUACAGAGGUACAGCCAGCAGAAUAGCCUAGAGAUCUGUCUUUAUGGUCACCAUUACCCUAAGCAAUAUAGUCAUUCUUAUUCCUCGAGCAGUGCUCCUGUCCUCUGUUGUUCUGAGUUGUAUGUUUGCCAUGUUUCAGCAGCAACAGUAGCAGCACUCAGACUGAUGCAGUGAUGUAAUGCAGAAGCAUCUGGAGAAAUGGGCUGCUUGGUGCCCAGCAGGGGAAUAUAGUGGAUGUUUUAAUGCUCCAUUAGAGGCCUGCUGCCUGGAUAAGUGUCCAUUUUCCAACCACAUGAGGGCUGGAGAUGAUUGACUGGAUCUGAUAGAGAGCUGGCAGUUGCUCCGCAACGGACCGCACACUAAAGCAGUCUUGCGUCAUCAGAUAGCCCACUGUUUUGUUUGAGAUGGAUCUCAGUAUUAGACAAACACUGACAUGACAGAGUUUGUACAAGCUAUGAAUUAAAUGUGUAUGCAAGUUUUUAUUGUAUCCUCUCAACAUUUAUUUCCUUUUGAUGUGGUACUGUCAGAGGUGAUUAAAUUGCAGAUUCUCAAAGUAGACGGUAUCUAAACCAAUUUAUCAACAUCUGACUGUAAACCAGCUGUUACAGUUUUCACUGUUUCACAUACCUCUAGACAUACAUAAGGUACCUCUAUUUCAGUUGAGGUUUCCAUUGUGCGUGCUUGUGAGCAUGUAGAUUAUGCAACAGCUAUGACAUUAAGCUUGUAUUAAUGAUUAAUAUGUAAAGCUUAUGCAAUGUACUUCCCUUUGAUCCACACCUACAUUAACGCCUGGUGUGUAGAGCUCUACGAGAUUAACAUGUGUCUCAAAGGAAGCUACAGGUGGUUCUUGUCAUGUUCUUGAUGCAGAAAACAAGCUAAUGCUAGAUAAUGAACGUUAUAGGGAAAAACAAAUCUUGAAUCCACAGGAAUUCUCACUAAAUUCGAAUUAUGCCACACUUAAUGACGCCUACACUAUGCAAUUAUUGAUUAAACAUGGCUGUGGCUGUUGCCAAAAAAUCUAAUUCAUAUAUAAUACAGUUUCAUAGAUUCACAAGUAAUUUAAGACAAAGCUUCAUAGCACAGACCCUUUAAAAUACAAAUGGAAAUGUAGCUAGAGCUCUUGACAGUAUGCCUGAAUACAUAUGCACAGUUUCAAUGAAAAAACAGGCAUAAUAAUUUUACUUUUACUUUUAAUCUAUCAGACUCUGUUUGAACAAUGUAUGCAAUAUUAUGCCUUCUGCCUCAACCUUGAAAACAAAGUUGGAAAUUUCAAAAAAGGCAAAACCGCAAAAAGCAACGUGUGUAUAAAAGUGGAAAAAGACCAUCUGGCUUAAUAAAAGCAUUCGUUAUCGUUACUGAGAGUGCUGAGUUUCUCAGUAAGCCUGCUAAUUAAAUGAUUAACUAUGGCAACAGGACACGAGGCCAAGUAGGAACAACCACUUUCAUUGGGCAUGUGUGGACACGCAUACAGACUUGUGCACCAUUUGGAGCAUGAAAGAGUUUUUCCACUGUCCUAUCACAAGUUAUCAGGGGGUCCUAGCUCAUUGUGCUCAGAUGUUUUUUUUAUUAUAAAAAUGGAAUCACAGUAACCAUCUUGAUGAAUUAAAUGCUUUUUUGGCAAGUUUUGUCAGUUUAACUGUGCAUUUAAAUUUUUUAAAAAGAACCGUUCAUGCUGAAUUUAAUAAAGUGAACUGUUGAGGUUGUUAUUCUGUAAAA